GCUUGGUUAUUUAUGUAUGUGCAUACAAUUAUUAUAAUAUUUUGCUAAACAUUGUGAAAAACAUUAUGGUUGUUUGGAUUUGGAGUCUGCUUUGAGCGCACAAUACUCUUAUUAUGAAAUAAUUGCAGCUGAGUCACAUGAUCUAAACAUCACCGCGAAUCAUUUGUUUGGGCUCUGGUUUGAGUUCAUGGCUGUAGAAUCAGACAAGAGAAUGAUAGCUCAGUUUAAACCUUUAGAAACGCAUGGACUAUAUAUGACACCUUGGACAAGAGAUAAAAGUAACAGGCUUGUAUCCGCUCUUACAGUAUUUAAGAGAGAAUUAUAAUAAUCUGACGGUUACUGAAUGAUCGCUUCGAUAAGAAUCCAAAUAGGUCGCUAUGGAAACUGGGCUAACAAAAAUGGACGAGUCUUCACAAAACAGUGAGUGGCCAUGCACUGAUGCAGUUAAAAAUAAAAUUUAUUUUUAAUAUAUUUUAACAUUUUUAUGUCAGUCAAGACUUACGUUCUUGCAUUUAGUUAAUUUUGGUCUCCAUUGAAAGUUUUUAACAUAAAGCAGAAGAAACUACCAGCAGUUACGUUAGGUUUAGCAGUCGACUUGAUUUAGGUAACGUUAGGAUGAGCAUCGUAAUCGCUGGCUUCCUCAGAUAAAAUUAAUACCCGCACGAUAAUAAAAUGAAAAGCCUCGCAAGCAAGAUGCGCCAACAAUCACCAACACCAACAGGAUCCAAAUGUUCCAAGAGCCUACAGAGCAAAUCUGUGACCCCCAACGCCAUCUUGCGGUCGGAGAUGGAUGGAGGUCCUAGAGAAGUUCUUAACGAUGAUGGUAAAUCUGACAAAAGUAUAUAUAAGGGGAAGGGAACAAGAUACAUCACAGAAGACCUGAUUAGGAGAAUAACUAAAUGUGAAAAUUUAGUCCUUGUGCAGACUCUGGAUCUAUCUUCAUCUACGGGACAUGACAAACAAUUUAGGUAUAUUGAACAGUUGGACAAGUGUGAGCGCCUGCUGGUUCUCAACCUCAGUAACAACAGGAUUGAGAAAAUUGAGAAACUAGAAAAAUUAUUUCACCUAAGGGAACUCCACCUUUCCAGUAACAGCAUAGAAAAAAUUGAAGGUCUAGAGCACAUGACGAACCUUCAGGUUCUAAAUUUGGCCUUCAACAACAUUGAACAUCUUCCGGUCUGGAUGGCAAAGAAGCUCAGAUCCCUUCAGACCAUAAACCUACACAGCAACAAGAUAUUCUCUCUUCAUGAGAUGUCUAAACUAAAGCCUCUGAAGAACCUGACGAAUCUGACAUUAGCAGAAAACCCUAUCUCCAGCCUGCCCCAUUAUCGCCUCUUCUUAAUCUUUCAUCUGAGGUCACUGGAAAUACUGGAUGGACAACCAGUCAGUCCACAGGAUAGAGAGCAAGCUCAUCAACGCUUUCAUAUUGAGGAAGUUGAGCGUUUGGAGCAGGAGUUGGAGUUGAGAGUUGAAGAGACUGCACAACUUCAGAGAGAGCGGGCGGCAGCAUUGGAUGAGCUGGAGCGGCAGGACAAAGCCAUUCAAAACCUGAGGCACCAGAACCAGGAACAACAGCUGGGACACAAGGAACUCAGAAGAGAACUGGACACCAAAUCUGAAAUGCUGAAGCAGAAAACAGUGGAGUUGACCCAGGCCUGUCAAAAACACUAUGAGCUCGAGCAAGAGUUGGCUUUUCACAAAAUAGAUGUCAAGUUUGAACCUCUUCCAUUUUAUCCAGACCCUGAGGUGGAGGUAGAGAAACUUUCUAUCGAGAGUCCCUACAUAGGAAAGUCUUGUCGGAAGAGGAACAUCCUCUUGGGUGCACGAGACCAGCAUCAGCCAGCCUCAGCGGACCUGACAGAGACAGACUUUCCCAAAGAACAUGACAUGUCCAGACAUGCGCAGCUCAGAGCUGAGGUGCGAUUACAGCAAUUACUUACAGAAAUUGAGAUGAGAGAGCAGCAGAUCCUUAGAGCCAGUGAGGAGCUCCGGCAGCUAGAGGAGACAGUUUCUCAGAGACAGAUCUGUGAAGCUGAGAAGGAGCAGUUCAGGCAAGAGCUUAAAAGGAGGAUACAGAGGUUGGGAGAGUUAAGAGGAGAGAUGGAGGCUGUGGAGAGGCAGCUGGACACACUGAAUGCUGAUAGGAAUCAAGCCCAGAGUGAAAUGGACCAGCUGCAGAAUCUACUGCACAGCCUGGAUCCCAGUGACCCCAGACAUGCCCAUGUGAAGGCUCAGUUGUCCAAAAAGACACAGCUGCUGGCCAUCAUGAGCAGAAAGCACCAAGAACUGGAGGGCAGGCUGGAUGAUAUGAUCACGCGCAUCCACAAGGAAACGCAGGAGAUCAAAGAACUAGAGCAACAGCUUACUGAUGGUCAGAUAGCUGCCAAUGAAGUACUCAAGCGUGACUUGGAGGGCAUAAUCUCUGGACUUCAGGAGUAUCUGCAGGGGAUGAAGGAACAGGCAAGAAGAGCCCAGUCAGAUUGCAGACUUUUGCAGAGAGAGAAAGAUACUCUGCAGCAGCUCCUAUGUGAGAAAGAGCUUCAGUGCACACAGCUGGAGAAAGAUGCUCUGAGUGCUGAAAGCGCACAGGAGGAGCUGCAGCAUCUGCAGCAGGAGUUGGAGGAUCUGAGAAAGGAGAACGAAGAGCUGAAGCAGGCCCAGGGUCAGGUCAGUGAAUAUGAGACAGAGCUUGAGACCCAACUGCAGGAGAGAGAUACUGAGGCCACGCAACUGAAGGAGGAGCUCGGCAGACUGCGUCGACUCAGUCAAAUGGAGCACUCGGCACUGCAGGCGGAGCUGCAGAAAGAAAGACAGGCAAAAGAGAAUGCUUUGGCUCAGAUGCACAUGGCUGCCAACAGAGAGCUCGAGAACACUGAGCUUCUGCAGCAGGUCAACACUCUUCAGGAGGAGAGAGACAGUCUUAAGGAGAACGUGGAUGCUCUUCAUGGUGAUUUAGAGCAGGUUAAGGAUGAGCUACUGCACCCUGAGAAUGUGGCGAAACAUUUAGGAGAGCUGUCCAGAGCUAUAGCUACAGGACAAGAGGAACUAAGUUGCAGCUUUGAAAACCUCGGGGACCCAGUGAACAAGAAAUUCAUAGAGCUACAACAGGAGGUGCAUCGUGUAGUAUCUGCAGCUCAGAGAGAUCGACAAGAGGCCCAGCGUUGCCAGGACAGACUCGCUGGAGAAAUGGGCUUGCUCAAAGAGAGACUCAGGAAGUACCAUGAGAGAUACCAGACUCAGCAGGCAGCAGAGAGGUGUGGGGAUGAAGCGGAGCUCCAUAGGUUGAGGGAGGAGCUGGAAGAUGCUCGUGAGCAGCAGUACUUGAUGCUGAAGCGUUUAGAGGAGACCGAAAUCGAUAGGGACCGUCUGCUUGCUGAAUUAGAAGAACAAGAUAAACAGAUGAAAGCCGAGGAAAGCCAGACUCAAGAGCAGCUGGAUUCUCUCAGUCUGGAGUUGCAGGCACUCAGGAGAUCAUUUUCCUCUGCUGACAGAAUGGCUGCCGAACAACUGUCUGCAGCUAAGGACAAACUUCACUCUCUUCAUAGCACUAUAGAAAAAAUACAUCUGGAGAGAGCAGCGAAUGCAGAGGAGUUGCAGAGCACCAAGUUUCAGGCUGCUCAAGCCAUUCAGGACCUGGCUAGUGCUGAAGCAGAAAUCCAGGUUCUCCAGAAGCUUUUGACAGAGAGGGUUCAUGAGACAGAUGGGAAUCGCCGCAGUGUCCCAAACUCUAGUAUUCAACAGCAAGAAUUGGAAAGAUUAAACCAAACCUUGAAAAAGCAACAGGUUCAAACCAAGCGUCUCAAAGAUCAACUUGCACAAGCUAAAGAAGCUAACAAUGGAAAUCUAGAAGAGCUGCUGGAAGAGAUUGGAGUUCUGAGAGAGACUCUUCUACAGCAGAAUAACUUCCUGUCCAGCUUAGGAGAUCCCCUGCCAAACACAGGAUAUUGGUACUAUGUACCAUCAAAUCAGAAUGCCCCUAGUUUGGGAUCUCAGGGCACACAAGACUCAGGAUUGGACUCUGUGCACCUUCAGUCACCUGAGAGAGGUCGACGGUCCGGCCACAGAGCACACAGGGAGAGAAGACCUCCCCUGAAUGGAGGAUACUGGGUCUACUCCCCCCAUCCGCACGCUCAUGGAAAGAGAGAUGCUCAGAUGUUCAGAGACAGUGGAAGAGAGAGCGAUAUGGAGGGGACACGUUUCACGCCUCCGUCUGACUCUGCUGGAUUUACCGCUUUCCCCCCCGGUUCAUUUAUCUACAGUUACCCUGUACCUGGCCUGCCCACUGGUUCAAGUACAGUCCUCUGUGGGACGCCUCCUGAUGGAGCCAGACUGGUGUACGGACCUCCUCCCAGCAAUCUUACUAUUCCUCUGGUGCCCAGUGGGGCGCUGCACUGUAAUGUGCUUGAACAUCAGGACUUGGAGCGAGAUCUGAAGAAGGCAGAGCGUAGGCUGAGAGACGAGUUUGCUGAUAAAGUUCACACUGAGGAAGAAAAGCACACACUGCAGGAAAAAACAACAGAGCUGCAGCAGGAAAUCAAACGUCUGCGCAGGAAAAUCCACACGAUGCAGCGCCACACGAGUGGGCUGGAAAGCUCUGUAUUGCAUGCAGAGGAGGAGCAGUGUUUGCUGGGGGAGGUGGAGUGUGUGGAGAAGACCCUGCUGAAGCGCAGAGCAGAGCUCAGAGAAGCUGACAGACUGCUUCUAGAGGCUAAGACAGAGCUCAAAGACACUCAAGCCAAGACUAAAGAGAGCGUGCAGCGCUUCAAUGAGGCCAGCAGGCAAGCGGAAGAGACCGAACGAGAGCUGGUGGAGAUGGAAAAGAGAGCUCAAGACAGUGCCACAAAGCUGGUUCGAACCAAACAACAGCUCAGGAAUCUUGAAGAGGAGGUUAAGGAGCUGCAGAAAAGGAAACAGGACCAAGAACACACUCUGAAAGAAGUAGAGGAGGUCCUUUCAUCUCAAGAUGCAAAGUUUCAAGAAGUCAACAGAAAGCUGGACAGAGCGACUGACAGACUGGAAACUGUUGAGAAAGAGCUCAGAGAGACCCAGAGCCUGGAGGUGAAACUCCUACAGAACUGCAGAGAGACAGAAGACAGCCUAACACAACGCAAAACAGAACUGGACAAAUUCAGCACUCAGGUGGUGGUGCAGCAGGAGGAGCUGUCUUUGCUGGACAGGAAGCUGGAGCAGUGGAAACAGGAAGAGGAGGUUUUGAGAGUUAGUGUGGAGCAGCAUAGGCGGGGCCUGUUAGGUGUUCUCAGACAGGGAGAAGAGGAUGCCCUACUCUUACACCAGCGCAUUCAGGAACUCCGCGUGGAUGUCCAGUCUCUUGCCGUGCAGAAGGGAGAGCUGGAUAGUCAGCUGUCUGAAAGGAAAGCCAGACUGGCACAGUGUAAGAAAGAUCAGCAGCAAGAGGAAGAAACCCUGCAGAGCCUUCGUUCAGCCAUCAAAAAACACACAGCAGAGCUAAGGCAUGUGUUGGAAAUGGUCCAGUUGGAGACUAGGGAAUUAGAGGGAGUGAAGCUGCAACAUAACCAGAAACUGGACCAGCUAGAGAAGAGCCAGGACACGCUUCUAGAGGUGCGUGUGGAACUGCAGCAUGUGCAGCAAGAGCUGCAGGAGCAGCGUGGGGGGCUGCACACCCUCCAGCAGAAGAGCCUCGACCUGCAACAGCAAACAGACAAAGAGAGGAGCAGCCUGCAGGAACAGUGCAGAAACCUGGAGGCCAGACGCACACAUGCUCAGAGGUGUUUGGAAGCAGCAGAGGCGAGGGCGAGGGCAGCAGAAGCAGAGCUUCUCAGACUAAAGACUGAGCUGGACAAACUACAACAGGAGCAGAAUCACGCGCAUGAUCUGCAUCAGGAGAUCAGCAGAGACACGGCAGCUGCGAAGCAGCAGCAUGAGGAAGAGUUGAGCAGACUGAAGAAACAGCUGGUGGAAUCUCAAACUCAGUUAGAUGAGAUCAAAGAGGAGGUGAAGGCUGCGGGACAGCAGCGGGAAGAGCUUAUGAAGCAACUAAAGGAGCAAAAGGCUGAACUGCAGGAGAAAGAGGAGAAAAUCAGGAGGAGACAACAGAGACUGGACCGACUGGGGCAGCAGUUGGAGAAGCUCAAGGCAGAUGUAGCCAUAAAACGGACACAGCUUGAAGAACAUGAAAAGAUGAUGAGGGUACAGCAGCAGCAGAGCAUUGAUCUGGAGCAGCAGCACAGGCUGAAGCAUCAGAAGCUGCAGGCAUUAGACAGAGCUCUGGCCCUGAGGCUGGACCGGAUGGAGCUGGACACAGUCGCAGAAAUUGACCUGCAGAGGGAGCACAAACAGUGCACUGCACUACAUGAGCAGGUGGAUGAACUGGAGCAGAGGGUGUGUGAGCGGGACAUCAGACUCCAGCACGCUGUUGAGGAGACCCAUCGCAUCCAGGAGGCUCUGCUGUCUGACAGGACCAGUGCUGAGGGACGUCAGGAGGCACAGAGGAACCACAGCCGCACAAACAGGCAAAGACUGCUGAGAGUGAAAGAGGAGCGUGUGCAGCUCCAAAGGGACCUGCUGACUGUGGAAAAAGUUGCUCAAGAAAACCAUAAACAAGGCAACAUGCUACAGAAACAGCUCAGCACAAUUUCCCUAGAGCUGCUCUGCCUCAAAGACAUGCUGCAGGGCAAAGAGGAAGGAGUUUCUCGGCUAUGUGAGAUUAAGGACAGCGUGCGCUCUGUGAGGUCACAGAUGAAAGUGGAGAUUGACAGUGGGGUGAGGGAGCUGGAGUCGCCCUCUAGCGCCUCCUCAGACCCAGACAGCCUGAAAGAGAAUCAUCCUAGUGUUAUGCUCUCCUUGGGGAAUCCAGCAUACAACACUAAGGAUGAACAGUGGCGAGGGGAAGCACUAAGGGAAAGACUAAGGCAGCAGGAGGACCACCUGAAGGUUCAACUGCGCAGUCGCAUGUUCUCCCAGCAAGAGGCUUUGAGUCAGCGCAGACUGCAAACUGAAGACAGCAUUCAGGGUCUGCGCAGACAUGUUGACAAACUGGACCAGCUCCUUGGUAACUCUUCCAAAGACUCCUCGUAUUUGAGUGACCUGGAAGCUCUGCCAAAACAUACCGAUGUAAGGGAUCAGAAAUAAUGGUCCACCAGCACUUCUGUAUUGACAUAAGCAAAUAUUUGCAUACACCGAAUAUUAACCGUGCGGAAUUUAAAGAAGAAACUAUCUUUCUUUAUCGGAUUAUGGAAGCAGAUGGUUACAGGAGUACAGAUGAGUCCAGAGGAACUGUCCGAUUAAACUCUGCAUCUUCAAGAAAAGGGCACACAGACAAAUCCAUAAGACCGUUUUAAUGACUUCCUCUUUUGGUUAGGGCAGAGGUUGGAUGUUUAAACCGUCUCUACAGCACACAAACAAGGAAACUGAAACUUAAGGUAAAAACAAUAACAUGGUGAAAGUUCUCUACCUCUGAUUUGUUGUUGCUUUAUGAAAUUAUUAAUGACUGUCACACGUGCCUUUUGUUCAUGUUGAAGUAGGAAAUGCCUUAUGAAUGUUUUGUUAGUGUUUACAGAUGAAACAGAUGCAGGUAUAUGUGAUGAACAAAACCAGGCUGUGCUCUGGAAUGGAUGAGUUUCAUUUGUCAAAAAUGAUCUUGUAUUCAAAACCAUGAUAUGCAGAGUAUUUAUUACAGCACUUCACUUAAUAUAGUUUGUCUCAAACCAAAUACUUUAAUUAAAGCGAGUGUGCAAUACAAUGAAUAGCCUCAUUACGUGUCCAGUUUCUCAUGUACCAAGAUGUCACUCAUUAUUGCUCAUAUACAGUUCGAUCAAUUGUAUAUGUUGUCUUUAUUAACAUAAUUACAAAUAAAAGUCACUUACAGUCAGAAGACAUAAUUCAAGAGCAGAAGAUUAUUUUUUGCAGAUGUCAUUAAGAUGUCAAAAAAGCAAAAGACAGUAAACACAAAAUAAAAAGGGAUUUUCAGUUUACAAAACGUCUAAAAUCUACUGUUAUACACACAUUUUUAUAGAAAAAUCAUAUUUGGAGUGCUUGUUUUUGCCUUUUUAUCGGUCCACUGCAAAUGUGCAUCUAUGGAAAAAGAAAACUGCUGGUUGUCACAUCAACCCAUUUUAAGUUGUUUUUUCAAGAUGCUGUACUAAUCAGAUCAGGGCUGAAUUUCUCAUGCUGUGGUGGCCUCUUUGUUACAUAUUCAUAAAUUGUAGGGUUUGAUGAACUCCCUUUGGAUUGGGGGAAAACCAUGAUGCCUGUAAAAAGCAGUCAUAUCGUGCAUCAUGCUUAACCAACCUUCAAGAAACUCAGCUCAGCGCAAAAGAUGACCAGUGUUUGGAAAUCAAUUUAAUGGAAUGU